AUGUGGGAGAUGGAGGAGAUCGGGCCGGAUUCUGGGCGGUUAUCCGCCGGGUUUCGAUGCCACGGCGGUCAGAGGUUGCGGGAGGCUGAAGCUACUAUGGUUGGGAAGACGAAUUUGGACGACUUCGGGAUGGGGAGCACCACAGAGGGGCUGGGGUUUCCAGGUUUCAGCCUUGAGCUUGUUCUUUUUUCUUGCCAUUCCUGCUUCUGCUUGAUAAUGUGGAGAAGAAGCCUGUGGGAUAUAUUACGGGUUCCUGGAGGAUCGUGCGGCUCAGCUGCUGCUGUUUCUGCUAGACAAUGCGUGGUGUCUCUUGGAAGUGGUACUGGUGGUAGUCUGAGACAGCCAGCAUCUUUCUGUGGUGUGGUUGGACUGAAAUUGACCUAUGGAAGGGUAUCUCAAAUUUGGGUCAUGCCGUAUGCUUCAUCAUUGGAUGUCAUUGGAUGCUUUGGUUCCUCGGUCAUCGACACUGGCAUUCUUCUAUCUGCAGGUUAUGACAGAUUAGAUGCGACUUGCAGCAAGCAUGAGGUUCCUAGCUACGCAUUUCCGGUGAUUUCACGGGCACUUGGGUCUAAACCUUUGACGUGACUGAGAGUUGGGGUUAUUGGGGAAACUAUUGGAGAAUGUGUGGACCUUGGAGUGAUAUCCUCUGUUCAGGCUGCUGUUUCUCACUUGGAACAGCUUGGACCUGUAGUAACAGAGGUUUUCAUCUUCAUAAAAUCUGUUCUUUCUUUGAAUGCUAGAACUGUAUAUUACAGUGACAUAUUCUUCUUUAUCUUUUAUUAUCACAAUCGGUUGCCAACAAAUUACUUGCUCUGUAAAACAUCCCUUGAAUUUUAUAUAUGAUAUUUUGCACGGUAGGUAUCAUUACCUUCAUUUUCUCUUGGUUUACCAGCCUACUAUAUCUUGGAUUUAUGAGAAGCUUCUUCUGAUUUAUCAUGCUAUGAUGGUGUAAGGUGACAGCCUAUUGAUUAAACGUUAGGAUUUUCUUUUUUUCCUUUUCCAUUUUAAAAUUGUGUAUAGUAGCUGCUGGGUGUUGCUAUGUUAUAUCACUA